GAAAGAAUGAGGAAACUUGAAGACCUUUUUCCGGACUUGGACAAGGUAGUUCAGUUCUGAUCGACUCCAAUAUAUGAAAAAAGAUGAGUAGGAUGGAGCGAGAGAGGGCUAGGGUUAGAGAUAGGUUUCCGACAGCCAGGGACAGCGGCAAUGGUUUCCGACGGCGGCGGCUUCCAGGAUACGGUAAGCACUUCAUUGGACAGGCAACAACUUACUUUUUCUAUGAUUUUCCGGCGAAGCAUUCUGCGAAGGAUCUGUGGUAUAGGUUUUGGUCGUUUGGAAAAGUGGCCGAUGUUUAUAUUCCAGAAAGGAGAGAUCGGAGAGGGCGGCGUUUUGGAUUUGUUCGGAUGGCUGAGGUUUCAGAUGUCAGGGAUAUGGAACGAAAGUUGAAUCAAAUUUGGCUAGGUUCGUAUCGGUUGAAGGUCAAAUUGGCAAAAAACAUGAAAUCCGAGAGGGAAGGGAUAUACAGAGGAAAUCAGCAAAACCAGACAACAGCGCAAUGGCUCAGACGAGAUAAAAAGGUGUCUCCUGGGUUAACGUAUGCACAGAUUGUUACUGGGAAAAUUUUGGCGUCUGAUGAAGGGGAGGCGAUGACCCAGGUGUUGGAGCAAGCAGUGGUGCAAAAAGUGCCAGAGAAGAGAGUUGCAGGGUUAGAACAAACAGGUGCAUUGUCGAAAGAGUGGGCAGUGAUACCAGUGUCAAUACCUGUUCAAGCUUCAACGUCAACAGAGAGUGAUGCUAACGCAAAGGCUUAUGUGCCGGAGGAGCUGGUUCUGCAGUUUUCUCCCAGGGAGGAUGAGAUCGCAUGGUUGAAGCAAAGUAGAGUGGCAUUGGUUCGGUCUUUGGAUUUAGUGAUGAAAAUUCAAAAUAGGCUGGAUGUGGAUGGUGUAAUGGUGAACGUAGCUCUGCUAGGGGGUAGACAUGUGCUGUUAAUGGAUAAUACGGAGGGUUACUUAGAGGAGUUUAUUGAUAAAAACAAGGAGUUGGUGGAGUUUUGGUUUGAAUGGAUUCAGCCAACUUCAUUAUAUACUAUGCCAUCGAGAAAUAGGUUGGUGUGGCUUCGUUUUAAUGGUGUUCCAUUGAGAGCAUGGAGUGAGCGAUGUUUCUCGGAAUUAGCAGGUUUAAUUGGUGAAGUUAUACUUGUUGAUGAUGAUACAAAAUUUAAAUCAUUUUUGAGUGAAGGUCGGGUCUUGGUGUUGUGUGAUGACUCCAUGAAAAUAUCGCAGACAAUCAAUCUAAUGGUGGAUGGAGAGUCUUUUCUGAUCAAGGUUUCAGAGGAGGAGUGGCGUAUGGAUCCGGACAGGUGGCUGGCCAGUGAACGGAGGAGCUCCGGCACAGGUUUGGAUGUGUCCGACAUGGAGUCCGAGAAUUCAGAGGACCGUUACAGUGAAGGUGAUGAUAGAGCAGUAAUGGCCGAAGAUUGUGCAGAAACGGAAGCAGAAUCCAAGCUGAGUUUAAAACAGAAUUGUGUUCAAAAUUUUGAAUUAGAUGGGCCAGAGCUGGAUGGGCUGAGUAAUGUGGGCUCGGUUGGGCCAAGGGAGUGUGAGGCGGAGGAGCUGGGUGUAGCAAAUGGGUCUCGUGAGGGGCUUCGGCCUGCUGGAGUGCAACAGAAGGGAGCUGCUGUGUUGAUUAAAAAAUGUAAGAAAUUGGGGGACAUUUACGCAGGGGAUGGGGUUGCGGAGGAAACGAGGGAAAUGGGGUUGCAGUGGGUGACGGCAAGAACCAGAUGGAGGAAGGAAAGAAGGGAAACAGUAAGACAAUUGGAGCAUGGAACGGAAUCACAGAACAUUGAUUUCUCUUUGUCCGAUGGAUGCAUCCAAAAUCGCAAUGCUCUGAUUCGGCAGCAAUUGGAGUUGGAUGAGGGGAUGAGGAGGGAAAUUCUUAAGUUAGUUAAGAAGGAGAAUCCAGAUUUUUUGUGUCUUCAAGAAACUAAGUUGGAAGUGGUCGAGGAGUCUUUGUGUCGGGCAUUGUGGUAUUCAGAAAAUUUUGAUUGGGUUAUGCAGAAAUCAAUGGGUAACUCAGGGGGCUUGUUGUGCAUUUGGAACAAGAGCUGUUUUAUUAAAAAAUGUGUGAUAGAAGGGAGCGGGUUCAUUGGGGUUUCUGGUGAAUGGGGUAAGGAGAGGAAAAAAUGUAAUUUAAUCAAUGUGUAUGCUCCUUGUGAUAGGCAGGGGAAGGUCUUGUUGUGGGAGGAGCUUGCUGGGCGCGUUUUAGAAGAGGGUGGGUGUUGGCUGUUUGCAGGAGAUUUUAAUGCUGUCCGGAAUGUAUCAGAACGAAAGGGUAGAAUGAGGGAGACGCAGGAUAUGCAAGAUUUUAAUCACUUUGUGGAAAGCACGGGGUUAAUUGAUGUUGGCCUGCGAAAUAGAAAGUUUACAUGGUAUAGACCGGAUGGAUCGUCCAUGAGUAGACUUGACAGAUUUUUGAUGUCUACAGAAAUGAGUUUAUUGGCCACGGAUUGGGUUCAAGAAGGUGUGGCAAGGUCAGUCUCUGAUCAUUGUGCAAUAAUCCUGAAGGCAAGGAAUACAGAUUGGGGUCCAAAGCCUUUUCAGGUAAUGGAUGUGUGGCAACAACAUCCAGAUUUCAGAAGUUUUGUAGAUGAUAAGUGGAAAGCCAUGCAAGUUGAAGGGUGGGCGGCUUAUAAAUGCAAACAGAAACUGAAGUUAAUGAAGGAUGAGUGUAAAAGGUGGAAUAAGGAAGUUUUUGGUAAUGUGGAGACUCGAUGGGGGAUAUUAUCCAAGGAAAUUGAAGAGCUGGAUAUAAAAAGUGAAAAAGUUGAAUUAGAUGAGAAUGAGGUGGUACUCCGAAGGGAGUGUUUUCAGGAGAUGUGGGAAAUUUUGAGAAAAAGAGAGGCCAUGUGGAAGCAGAAGUCAAGAAAUAAUUGGAUUCGUCUUGGAGAUGCAAAUACUGCUUUUUUCCAUAGAUGUGUACAUGCACGGAGAGCACAAAAUGCAAUUUCAGGUAUCUUAGGAGAGGAUGGGUGGGUUGAGGAGCCAAGUAGGGUGAAAGAGGAGGCAGUGAGGUAUUUUAGUCAGUUGUUUCAGAAUGAACAGUGGAAGCGGCCAGUGUUGGGUGGAAUCCAUUUCAACAGAAUCUCAGCUGCACAAAGGGAGUGGUUAGAACGGCCUUUUUCAGUGGAGGAGAUUGAGGAGGGUCUACAGAGCUGUGAUGGGGCGAAGGCACCAGGACCAGAUGGCUACAAUUUCAAUUUUAUAAAAUUUGCCUGGAGUACUUUAAAAGAGGAUUUUGUGAAGUUUUUGUGUGAAUUCCACCAACAUGGGAGGUUAGUAAAAGGUUUAAAUUCCUCUUUUUUGGCUUUAAUUCCUAAAAAGGCAAAUCCAGUGCAUUUUAAGGAGUAUAGACCCAUUAGCUUGAUUGGGUGUUUAUACAAACUACUGGCAAAAAUACUGGCGAAUCGUUUAAAAUUGGUGAUGACGGAUAUUAUUAGUGAUUCAAAGUCAGCUUUUGUCGGAGGUCGGCAACUGGUAGAUAGUGUGCUAAUCUUGAAUGAAGUGGUAGAUGAGGUGAAACAGAGAAAACAGGAGAGUUUUAUCUUUAAGGCAGAUUUUGAGAAAGCAUAUGAUUGUGUGGAUUGGAACUUUCUGGAUUGGAUGAUGGAACAAAUGGGGUUUGGAGUUAGGUGGAGAAAAUGGAUUCAGGAAUGUCUUUCGACGACUCGGAUUUCCAUUUUAAUAAAUGGAAGCCCGACAAAGGAGUUCUCGGUUGGCAAGGGUCUUCGUCAAGGUGAUCCAUUGUCCCCAUUUUUGUUUUUGUUAGUAGGUGAAGGGUUGUGUGGUAUGGUUCGAAAAGCAGAGGCAGAAGGGCUUUUCAGCGGAGUCAAGAUUGGAGAGGGUGAAGGGUGGGUAAAUGGUGCAGCUGACAUUUUGCAUUGCAAGAUAGGAACGAUGCCCUUUAUUUACCUUGGGUUACCGGUUGGAGGAAUUUCGGGAAGGAAAAAGUUUUGGGUUUCUGUAUUGGAUCGCUUUCGGAAUAAGCUUGCCGCCUGGAAACGUUCACUGCUGUCCUUUGGAGGUCGAAUUACCUUGCUCAACUCGGUACUUUCUGCUCUUCCUAUUUUUUACUUGUCCUUAUUUAAAAUUCCAAAUUGUGUUCUUGGUGAGAUGGUUAAGAUUCAGAGGGAUUUCUUUUGGGGUGGAACAAAUUUGGAUAGGAAAAUUGCUUGGGUAAGGUGGGAUCAUAUUUGUGUUGAUAAGGAGAGAGGGGGAUUAGGAGUGGAUGAUUUAAAGAGGAGAAACUGGGCUUUAUUGGGUAAGUGGUGGUUUAGGUUAGGUGAUGGGGUAGGGGGAUUAUGGAAGAGGGUGAUUUGGGAGAAGUAUUACAGGGUCGACAGGAGGGUGAUAUUACUUUUUUCAGUUCUUUGCGUAUGUCUCGAGUGUGGAAGGACAUUGUGGGUGUUGGUAGUGGGUCGGAGAGGCUGAGUUUAAUGCUAGGAAAAGGCUUUAAAUGGGAGAUUGGGGAUGGAAGUCGAGUGGCUUUUUGGGAUGCUAAGUGGGGUGGUGAUAAACCUUUAAAGGAUUU